ACUCGUAAUUCGAGUUAACUCGAGUCACUCGCAACUCGGGUUGUCAAAAAUUUCACUCGAGUCCGAGUAAGAAAAAAAUGACUCGAGUCACUCGAGUAAAAAGCAACUCGAGUCCCAUCACUAUUCGUGACUGAAAAUGUGUCCUUGACUUUACUAUAAUUGAAAAUAGCGAUAAGAUAUAGGGUUAAAUAUAUUAUAUUAUUCUAUCAGCAUUUAUUUGUUCACUUGGAAAUUGUAAAUAAGUGCGUAAUCUUUAUUAUAAAUCAAGAAACACAAUAUGGAUAAUCUAAAGCAGUUCAACACAAUGGGCUCGGACGAUAACUGGAGAACUUCUAACUUUCGACAAAACGUCGUAUCUAAAAUAGAGGAUGUGAUCCAACGUUCAGGGAUGCAAGUGGCUCGCAACAGCAGCGAAAUGGAGAAUCAUGUGUACAUGAAAGCAAAGACCAGAGAGGAGUAUAUGAACAUGGUUGCUAAGCUCAUACUCCAUGUCAGAGAAAUGUCACAACCGAAACAAAAUCAAGCCGGAGGAGCCAUGCAAGGAUCCAACCAGAACCAACCAGGUCCAAACACACAGGUGCAGGCUCAGCAGAGCCAAGCUCCACAAGGACCCAACAGCCAAUCCGGACUAGCACCAGAUCCAAUAAACGCCCUACAGAACCUUGCCUCGCAGGGAACUAGGAACCAAAUGAUGAACAUGGGUCAGGGACAAAUGCAACAACAAGGAGUGAUGGGUCCCAACCCAGGGAUGGGGGGAUUGCAGGCUCAGAUCGGUCAACAAGGUCCAAUUGUAUCUCAAGGUGGACCUCAAUCACAAGCAGCGACUAAUCUACUUCAAACAUUAAAUCAGAGACCACCAUUGAACAUGCAACUUCAGAACAAGUUGGGUAUGGGUAUGGUACCUAAUCAGAAUCAGAUGGGCAACAAUAUGGUGUCAAUGGGUGGCAUGGGUAACCCGAUGGGCAGUCAGCUGCAGAACCAGUUGGCGGGGCCCGGCAUGCAGGGACAGAUGAUGCCAAACAUGUCCAUGUCUAACAACAUGCAGGGGCCAAUGACGGGGGGUGGCAUGGGCCAGAUGCAAUGCAACCAAGUUGGUGGUAUGGGAGGACAAAUGGCCCCGAAUGCAAUGCAAGGACAGAUGUCCAGACAAAUGGUGGGGGGCAUGGGCAACAACCAGAUGGUGAAUAUGAACAUGUUGCACAUGCAGGGGCGCGUGGGCGCCAAGGGUGAGGUAGUGGGUGCCAUGUUAGGCGCGGGGUAUGCCCCCGCGGGCGCCCCGCCCCCCAACCAGUUUCUGCGGCAGAGUCCCUCGCCCUCCGCCUCUUCGCCCAACAUGGGCGGACCUAGUCCUGUCUCAAUGGGCGGCAGUGUGCUGGGCGGCGCUCUGGCGUCACCGAUGUCGAUGGGUGGGCUGGGCGCUUGCGGCGGCGUCGGCAGCCCCUCGCCCUCUGCGCCUACGCACCUCGCGCACCACCCCGCACAACAGCAGCGCAGCGUGGGCGUGGGGCUGGGCAUGGCGGCGUCGCCCUCGUCCCUGAGUACUCCGGGGGGCGGUGCUGGGGGCGGGGGCGUGGCGUCCCCGGGGGGCGAGGAGGCCGUGUACCGGGAGAAGGUGCGCCAGCUCUCCAAGUACAUCGAGCCACUUCGCCGCAUGGUGCAGCGCAUGGUCAACGAGGGAGAGAACGUGGAGAAAUUGACGAAAAUGAAGAAUUUAUUGGACAUUCUGUCGAACCCCAACAAGCGGAUGCCAUUGGAGACGUUAAUAAAAUGCGAAGUUGUGCUCGAGAAGUUGGACUUCAAGCGCAGCGAGACUGGCAGCAUGCCGCUGCCGCACGCCGCCACCGGCAAGCAGGAGCAAAUCUUCAAUCCGUUCCUGGAGGUGGUGAACAACUGCUUGACGUCGCCGCUCGCCAACCACACGCUCAAGCGCAGCUUCGGAGCCACGCUCGAUGCACUCAACGGACCUGAGAUUAAGAAUCUACCCCCACCUCUGAAAAUGCCAAAAGUAGAGGAACCGACUAUGGAAAUACCAGACGUUCUGCAAGGAGAAAUAGCGAGAUUGGAUUCCAGGUUUAAGGUAUCUCUGGAGACGAUGCAAGUGUGCGGCGGCAGCGGCGCCAUCGCGCUCGUGGCGCAGCUGGACGACGUGCGCCUGCCGUGCGUGCCCGCCGUGCACGUGGCCGUGCCGCGCGACUACCCCGCGCACGCGCCCGCCAGGCUACGCACGCGCGCGCCACACGCCCCGCACGCGCCCCACGCCCCGCCCGCCUCGCACCGCGCCUUCCUCGCGCAAGUCGACCGGAAUAUGGAUGCACGAUGCGCCAGUUUACCGAAGAGCUGUUCAGUGGGACAGUUACUGGACGCGUGGGAGAUGAGCGUGCGGCAAGCGUGCGCGCCCUCCGCGCCCUCCGCGCCCCCGCUCGCAUACACCCCUGUACCCGCACUAGGACUCUAAACCGAGCCAUUCUCAGCUCUACACACCCCGCAAUAAGCACCACAGUCGUGUGCAAGUACAAUCACGGAAACCUGCCGUGUUACAGAAAUUGCCUUGUAAAUAACGUAAAACUCCGCCCUUUCUUAAAAAUUAAUCAGUUGCCCAAAUAAACAGAUAAUAUGUGUACUGCCUUUUUUUGCACAAAUACAUAUAAAACUUUACUAAAAUGCAAAUGUGGUAAACAGUGGUAGUGCCCGCUUUAACAUGUUA